AUUCUCAACCUAUAAAAAGCACCUUCAAAUAGAACCAUUUCAUGUCUCAAAAAUCAUAAUUCCAUGGAAAACCAAACUAAAGAAACUAGAAAGAGUUGUUUCGGGAAGCUUGUUAUGGGAAGAAACAAGAGUAGAAGAAUGUUGUGGUUCAAGAAAAUGAAGAAGGAAAUUUCGAGUUGGAGAUUCUCUGUGUUCAAGUGGAAACGACUUGAUAAUCUUCAAACGACAUUUAUGGAUACCGUCGUUUAUAGGAUACUGUCUGUUGCUGAGGCGGUUGUUCUUGUUUCAACUGUUUGCUUCUUCUAUCUUUGCUGUGGCUGCCAUUUUUGAUAUUUUUUUUGUUGAAUUUGUUUUCUCCAAUUUAUUUUUUAAAUUCGUUUAUUCAUUUUUUAUACAAGUUUAAUAACUUGUUGCUUUUUUUUUUUUUUAUAAUUUGGUGAAUUGGUUUUGUGAUACACAAAGCUUGUAUAUUUUGUAAUCAUUUUCUGACUUCAUAUUUGUGUUCUUACAUUAUUGUAUAAUAAUUGGAUCUUAGUUUUAAUGUGAUGAUAUUACUGAACUGGCUCUUUUUAACCUUAUUAUUAAAAACAAAUGAAAAGAAAAAGAGAAAAACAUAUUCUUCGGUGUUUUAAUAGCUGAAGUAGUUGGAUUUGAACGCUUAUACGCCGACAACCAAUCACGACCAUGUAUCCUACAAAGUCAUACUGUUAUUUUUAAAUUAUUAAGAUGACAUGGCAGAAUGAUAUAUUCUCAUUGGAUGACAGUGUAAAACUUUUUUACACUGUCAGUACAUCAC